AUGGUGGCCGCGUCGAACCUCCCCGCACCGUUGACGGACGGGGAACUUAUCAAUAGCGCCUCGCUGAGCGACCCUCGGCAGGGUUUGGAUACGACGGACUGGGGCAAGGACAACACCAAGGGCGUCAGCAAGUUCUGGAAGGAGAUCAAGCUCAACGAAGCUGCUCUGGAGCUAUGGCGAGCCGCAGACGGCACCCUGAUUCCAGUUCGGACUACGCACGUUCUGCGUGCAAAGGUGACCUCCCCCGACAGGUAUGAACGAGGGAUUUUCCUGUUCAACACCUGGCAACAGUACGGGGAUGGUCGCACGCGGACGCGGAAUGGGCUUCUAUCAGAGAAGCUGACAACUGACGAGAUGCCUUUAGAGGCAAACCUCCAUGAGGUGUGCCGGCGUGCCGUCACCGAGGAAGAGAUGCAACGGGUAGUGGAAUCGACCAUGAAGAUCGGCUUGGGAAGACCCGCGCCGGAGUUCGACCCAACCUACACAUGCCCACUAGAGGUGGUCAACGAGCACUUCGUGGACCACAUCAUUGAGCUAGAGAAAUCCAAGAGCUAUCCAGGACUGCUGACCAUGUACCACCUCUACACGGUGGACAUCAUCUGCACGGGACUGCCCUUAACAGAUCUGAAUACGCUGGAGUUCGAGCAUCCGGACAAGGCCCUGUUUUAG